AUGAGUACUAAAAAGGUCAUUAGCCGGAAGGAAUGUGUUACUGUAAUUUUGAAUUUCUUGGCCUGGAAAGACUACCAUCCGUGCUCGGAGAAGGACCUCCUUAAAUCGCCGCCCCUGAAUGUCCUGCUGAACAUCUGGAACUUUCUCUUCAGGCUCAUAGACUCCAAUGUGAACAUAACGAAGGAGAACAUGGCGGUCGAGGUUCCGAAGUUCUACAACGAGUUCGGCUACCCUCACACCAUGAAGACCUCGCACCUCAGAACGCCCACAGCUGACCACCAGUGGGAGUCAAACCUGGUGGCUCUGACUUGGCUGUGCAAGCUGCUGCUAUAUGAACACCAGAAUUUUGACAAGGAAUUUGAAAAUAAGACGAUGCUGAGACAGACCGACAGUUAUAUGUUCAAUGUCGCCUCGAAGAUGAACAUUAAGAAUACCUUGACGUCCAUGACGAUCACGGAGCUGACGAACAAGCACUUCCAGUUUUACAUAAAGAGCGAGGAGACUGGGAAGUCAAUUGCGAAUGACGUGGACGCUAAGCUCAAUAAUAUGAUCGCAAAACUGCAGUCGAGUGUCGAUUCGAAGAAGAGUGAGCUUGAGACUCUGCGUUCAAGUUCAGUGAAGAUGCAAAACGACAUAGAGGAGUUCGAUAAACUUAAGGAGCGAGUGAGCACUCUGUCCCUAGAGCUAUCCCAAAUUGAGACGCUGACUGAGAACAUAAAGGAUUACUGCACUAGACUGAAACGUGAGCUUGACUCAUCAAAACACAUUCUCAAUGAGGAAACCAACUAUUUGUUGGAGCUUGAGAGUAAGAAUAAGGAGAUAAACGACAUGAUGAAGACCAGAAUAGACGGCAACGAUAUCAGGGGCUUGAAUAUAGCAAUAAACGAGCUGAAGAUAAGCCUAUCAAAUUCUGUGAAGAACAUAAAGGAUUUGGAGAUGGAAAUACCAACUCUGUCGUCAAAUGUUACAAACACUAAGCAUAACUUGGCAAAAUCGCUAUCAUCCGUUAGUUUGUUUAACCUAAUUCCCUCUCAGGUCUCUAAGACUUAUCAACUCAUAAUGAACAGUCUAUCUACCCAUGGCAUAGAUGUAAGCUAUUGGAAAAAGCUGGAUAGGCUCCUAAAGUCAGUUGAUGAGCAUUCUGUGGAUAAGCUCCUUUCGAUCACUGAUAACUGCCUAAAAAUCGUGGAUGAAGCCCUCGUUAGUGAGACUUUGACCUUUAAAAACGAGUCUGAGGUGAAGAUACAGCACAAUGAGACCCUGUCCGACCUUGAGAAGAGUGAGAAGCUUCUGAAGGAGGAAAUCGCAGAGCUGCAGGCCAAGGAGUCCGAGUAUUUCAAGUCCAGCCUCUUCAACAAGGAAAAAUCGCAAAUUAUCUCUGAGACUGACUACAUUGUCUCUAUUAUCAAGUCCACUGCCAAGGAUGAAAUGGUUUUUAAGCUUAUUAUCUCACUCUUAUUUCAGGAAAACAGCAAGCGGGAGCUUGAAAACGCCACCAACGACCUUCAACAGGCACACAAGCGCCUAUCUGAGGAAAAAUUCCAGGCUAAAUCAAACUUAAACCGCUAUUUGAACAACAUUAAAGAGCUCGUUGAGAAGGUAGAAGAUUACAAGUCCAGAAACUGCAACAUGAUGAAGGAGUUAGUUUAA